GGAAGAGAAGCAGCGAGUGAGGGUCAGGCAGAGGAGAAAUCUUUUUAAAGCGGUCUUAAACGGGAAAUAAAGCCAGCAUGGAGAAUUGAAGAAAACCCUGUUCGCCGAUUUAUUUUAUGCUUCUAGCUCGCGUUUGUGUUAGCUUGUGCUUUUAAUUCGUGCUUUUGCGAGUAGCUGUGGUGCCCCCGAUGUUAUUGUCUGCAGCUUUGUUACACUCCUGCUUUGAUUCCAAGUCCCGCUUUUAUUUUAGACGUGGCAAUUGUUCACUUAGGCUUCUAACUUCUUAGACUUCCAAUUUUAUUUUGAAAAUGUUUGGUGCCAGUCAGGUGACUGUGGCGGGGGAUAGUAGCCAGAACCAGGAAAAUUUGCUUUCAAGGCAAAGUGUAGCUGGGAAAAAUGUGCUGGAAAACCAGGAGAAUACGAAUCCCAAAGCCUCAAACCGAAUGGUUUUGGGAGUUUUGCUGAAUACCGGUAACCAGCGCAUCACCCGAGUUCAAUCACAACGCGCCACGAAACAGGCUGCGUCCUGCAGUGAGAACUAUGGCCAGGACCCUGCUGGCAAAGUGGGAACGAAACUGCCUGCUUUCACAAUCCAUGUGGACCAGCCUGAUGGUGCCUGCAGUAAGAGGCAACAUGUCUCGACGGCAAAACCAGAGUCGGAAAAGCCUCUUUCACUUAACCCAUCGGUGAAACCCUCCCUUGUGAACCGACAGCCUCUCUCUACCAUUGAAUGUUCGAUGGAUGUCAGCUUUGGCUCCCCUAUGGUUCUGGACAUGUCCAUUAAUGAAGCAGAAGAAAAUAAGUCUAUUGUUAAUGAAGUCCCUGAUUAUGCAUUAGACAUCCACAAAUAUUUACGAGAAAUGGAGGUGAAGUCCAGGCCGAAGGCGGGUUACAUGUCGAAACAGCCAGACAUCACUAAUAGCAUGCGAGCCAUCCUCGUGGACUGGCUGGUGGAAGUCGGGGAGGAGUACAAGCUGCACAGCGAGACUCUUUACCUGGCUGUUAACUACAUCGACAGAUUCCUCUCAUCCAUGUCUGUGCUGAGAGGGAAAUUGCAGCUCGUCGGCACGGCGGCCAUGCUUCUAGCAUCAAAAUUUGAGGAGAUCUACCCACCAGAAGUGGCAGAGUUUGUCUACAUUACAGAUGACACUUACACCAAGAAGCAGGUUCUACGGAUGGAGCACCUGGUCUUGAAAGUCCUUUCUUUUGAUCUUGCUGCUCCGACGAUAAACCAGUUUCUUACACAAUACUUUCUGCAUCAGCAAGUGAACAGAAAAGUGGAAAGCUUGUCACUGUUCCUUGGAGAAUUAAGCCUGGUCGACUCUGAUCCUUUCCUGAAGUACCUGCCAUCUGCCAUUGCUGCAGCAGCAAUGACUUUAUCAAAUGUUACAAUUACAGGCGCCACCUGGCCAGAGUCCUUGAUAGAAUUGACUGGCUACACUCUGGAGAGCUUGGAGCCUUGCAUAAGGGACUUGUAUCAAACCUACCUCUGUGCACCUCAGCACGCUCAGCAGUCUGUACGGGAGAAAUACAAGGCUGCAAAGUACCACGGAGUCUCUCUUAUCGAGCCACCCAAGAAAUCAACCUUGGCUAAAAGACUUGCCUUUUUAUUGUAAUCCAUGCAGAGAUGUUUUAGGACUUUUUGUUCUGUACAGUAUUUUAAUUUCUUUUAUAUUUUUAUACAAAUGACAACUAUGACCAGAAUAUAACUGAAGACCAUAUUGCAUAAUUGUAUGGGAAUUGCGAAGAUGAAGAGGAGUGACUUGUUUCUAAGACAUACCUGUACAUUUUGUAGUGCUUGUGUGCAAUGCUGUAGCUCUUUGCAUGAUGCAGCCCUUCCCUAUGAAGAGUUGUUCUAAUAAUGUUAGGAAUGUGUAUUCUAGUUAACCCAAUUCAGGCAUUGUUUUAAACUGCAAAAUAAAGUGGUCUUUUUUUUUUUUUUUUUUUUUUUUUUUUGUUUGUUUUACUAGUGAGCCUCCAACCAAAGGUGUUUUGUCUAACCUGUAACAGUAUUCUGGAUUGCCCCCACUUUGAUUCCCUGUUUAAACAGCACCUGCUUGUACUUGCCUCCCCAUCAUGUCAAGACUCAUGAGAUGGUCUCUUUGUUGGAGGGCUGCCACACUACAUUUUGAUUUGAGCCUGCUCUACUGGGAAUACAGAACAUGCCAUUUGUUUAUAAUGUCUUUUAAAAUAAAUCCCUUUGACAUCAAA